GCUGCUGCUGCUGCUGCUGCUGCACCGACUUCUGCCAUCAGUAUUGCUGCUACAGACACCAGUGACAGACGGGCCUUCUUACUCUUAAAGUGACUUGGAAGAUGAGGGUUGCCAUCUCACUGCUGGUGCUGCUGCUCUCCGUGUGUGGAGUCCAGACAGAGAGCCACGGCACUGACGCCUCUACUGAGCUGAAGGAACUCAGAGACAUGGUGGUGGAGCUGAGAGUAACACUACGACAUACUAGAGAUGACGUGAAGGUUUUGGAGGCAGAUAAUGUGGCAAUGAAACAAAGGCUGGCAGUCAGUGAGAGUAAGGUGCAGGUACUGGAGGAUGAAAAUAAAGCAGUGAAAGAAAGGAUGGCAGCCAGUGAGAGUAAGGUAGAGGCUCUGGAGAGGGCACUACAGGACACCAAAGUAGAAAUGAAGACGGAAGUGGAGAAUCUGAAGAAGGAAAAUGCAACGCAAGAGGCAGAACUGACAGCAGUGAAGACCAGACUGACAGCCACUGAGACGGAAGUGGAGAAUCUGGAGAAAGAGAUCAGAGCAGCACCCAAGGUGGCCUUCUCAGCAGCUUUGGGCUCAGGAUACACACAGGCUGGGGAUAAUGACCUGAACUUAGAGUUCAAGAGAGUCAUCACCAAUGUAGGAGAGGCCUACAGCAGCUCGACUGGCUUCUUCACAGCUCCAGUCAGGGGGGUCUACUACUUCAGGUUCACUGUUAUGGAUCCACUGGACUCACGCAUCAUGGAUAUCAGGAUGUGUAAGAAUGGAGAGCAGCUCAUGAAGUUGUAUGAGUAUGACACUGAUGGAGGGGCCACCUAUCUGUCCAGUGGCCUGGCUCUUCAGCUGGAGAAGGGAGACACAGUAAACAUGGUGCUACCAGCAGGCAGCAGACUCAAAGAUAAUGCUGAUAACCACAGCACCUUCAGUGGCUUCCUGCUCUUCCCUCUCUGAACGCCACAACAACAAAUGUAAUCAUUUUGUAAUCAAAUGUAAUUAUUUUAUGUAAUCAAAUUAAAUAAUAAAAUAGAUCACAGCGUAUAUAUAUAGCCAGAGCACCUUAAGUGGCUUCCUGCUCUUCCCUCUCUGAACGCCACAACAUCACCAUGACCACAUUCAUUUUGGAGAUUAUUUGAUCAUGUGUUUGAAAAAUGAUAAAAGUA